UAGUUGACUCCUGUAUGUGCCCCAACUAGGGACUGAACCCACAACCUUGGUGUAUGGCAGUGAUGGCGAACCUACGACACGCGUGUCAGAGGUGACACGCGAACUCAUUGUUUUAGUUGAUUUUUCUUUGUUAAAUGGCAUUUAAAUAUAUAAAAUAAAUAUCAAAAAUAUACAUCUUUGUUUUACUAUGGUUGCAAAUAUCAAAAAAUUUCUGUAUGUGACACGGCACCAGAGUUAAGUUAGGGUUUUUCAAAAUGCUGACAUGCCAAGCUCAAAAGGUUCACCAUCACUGGUGUAUGGGGGUGACUUAGUGUAUGGGGGUGACUUGGUGUAUGGGGGUGACUUGGUGUAUGGGGAUGACUUGGUAUAUGGGGGUGACUUGGUGUAUCAGGGAUGAUUCUCUAACCAACUGAGCUACCUGAACAGGGGAAGAGAAAGCAUUUUAUUUUAUUUUAAAAAUUCGUUUUAGAGAGAGACACUUCAAUCGGUUCCUCCCGCAUGCACCCUGACCAAGGAUUGAACCUGCAACCCAAGUAUGUACCCUGAUUGGGAAUCAAACCCGCCACCUUUUGGUGUACAGGAUGAUGCUCCAACCAACUGAGCCACAUUGGCUAGGGCAAGCGAGAGCAUUUUAGACAUCAUCUAGACCAGUAGUUCCUAGCCUGGCUACUCAUCAGUUUAUAGACUCCAUCUCCAGAGGUUCUUAGAUUUGUUGGAAGUUUGGGCCUAGACAUUGUUUUUGUAAAAGCUCCCCUCGAGAUUCUGAUAUACAGCCAGAGUUGAGAAGAACAGAGGUCUCAACUUUGGCACACAUUAUAGCCACUUGAGGAACUUUGAAAAAUACUAUAACUGGGUCUGAGCCCUAGAAUUCUGCUUUAAUGAGUCUGGGCAUCAGGAUUUCCAAAAGCUCCCAAGGGAAACUAAUGUGCAACCUGGUGUGAGAGCCAGUGCCCUAGACCAGUGGUCGGCAAACUGUGGCUUGCGAGCCACAUGCGGCUCUUUGGCCCCUUGAGUGUGGCUCUUCCACAAAAUACUGACUUCUGCGCAUGGGCCACGAAGUUUCAAUUGCACUGUACGUGUGCGCCCGCACGUGGUAUUUUGUGGAAGAGCCACACUCAAGGGGCCAAAGAGCUGCAUGUGGCUCGUGAGCUGCAGUUUGCCGACCACUGCCCUAGACCAGUGGUCGGCAAACUCAUUAGUCAACAGAGCCAAAUAUCAACAGUACAAUGAUUGAAAUUUCUUUUGAGAGCCAAAUUUUUUAAACUUAAACUAUAUAGGUAGGUAGAUUGUUAUUAACUUAAUUAGGGUACUCCUAAGGCUUAGGAAGAGCCACACUCAAGGGACCAAAGAGCCGCAUGUGGCUCGCGAGCCGCAGUUUGCCAAUCACGGCCCUAGACCAACUACUUCAUUUUGUUGAUGGGAAACUGAAGCCCAGAGGUCAUAUAGGAAAUGAGUCGAUGCAGAGAAUCCCUUCUCUCACACUACAGCCACUAGACUCCAUUAUUUGUAUCCCUGGUCAUUGGUUCCAUACAGAUGGUCUCAUUUAGUUCUCACAACUUCUGGUGAAGUAGUGGGCAGUCAUCACCCCCACUUUACCGAUGAGGAUAUCAAGAAACAAAACUGUCCAGGAGACUCAACCAAGGUAAAGGCAAGAACCUAGAAUGCACAGAUCCUGGUUUAGUGCUCCUUUAACCCCACCCCAUUGUCUUACGGACGUUCUAGAAUGAAUGGAUCAAUGUUGUGAGGUAGAUUCCAGGUACAGAAGGGAGGGACUAUGAGGUGACAUUCUAGAAGGGUGGGGAGGAGAGGGGAGAGGGCAGAGGACUAUUUCCUCACAAACAGGCGCUUUGGGGUAGCCAUGUCCUAUUUCAUGUCUCCACAAACUCAUCUAGGUCUUCUGCCUUCCGGCCAAGGUGAGACUGCUUCUAGAGGCUCAUCUCUUGGCCCCUAUAGUCCUGUAGAGCCAGUGGUGGUGGCCUCUGGUGGACGAGGCCAACUGAACCAGAAAACUGAGCAGGUGGUACCUGCUGUCCAGGCCUGGGGCCCAACUCUGGCAGUGCCGGAAGCCAGGGGCUGCCCUGGGGGGCCUAGCUGGGAGACACUGCGGCAGAAGGAGUACGGCCGAUACUGCCACAAGUUCCCCCAUGUGAAGCAGCCUGAGAGCUUGGGCUGGGAGGAUGGCUGCUCCAGAAGCAGAGCUCCCCACCUGGGUGGCUCCAGCAGGCCUGGGCCCCUACUACUGUGCGGGCUAUCACCAGGAGUUGUGCCGAAGCCCUCUGAGGCAGGGGGAAAGGAGGCCGGCUCCCAGCCCGACAUCUGCAUCCUUACCCUGGCCAUGAUGAUUGCUGGCAUCCCCACCGUGCCAGUCCCAGGCCUGCGGGAAGAGGACCUAAUCCGGGCGGCUCAAGCUUUCAUGAUGGCCCAUCCAGAGCCAGAGGGGGCUGUGGAGGGGGUGCAGUGGGGGCAGGUGCAUGCCCGCACAGCCUCUGGGCACAUGCCCCUAGUGAGAUCCAGGAGGGGCCAGCCUCCUGGUUCCUGCUUGUAGCUGAUGAAAUAGCAUCAGACACAGAGGGUGGCUUCUCCGUAUGAUUUUUGGGCAGAUAGGGUUGGGGGUGCCUCUGGCAGGGAUGGGGAUAGGGUGGGUGAUUGAGCCACUCUGAUGAAUACCAGACUCCAGGAAGUUUCUCUAGAAACCACCGAGCCAGGAGACAGGUCUUGUCAGAGUAAUUAUAAUGAAAAUUACCUGAGGUAGGGACCCUGCUUGGAGAGUGGAGGUUUCUUCUGUAUUGUUUUGGGACUUGAUCAAAACUUCUUGUACAAAGUCAUAGGCAAUGUGCAUUUCCUCUUGCCUUACAUUUCCCAGCCUGUUGAGAGCAGGUGAUGAGACCACAGGCAAGGAAGGAAAAUUAAUACUUAUUUGAGCAUCCACUGGGCAUCAGGCCCAUUAUAUGCCCACUCCUUUAAUCUUACCAGUGCUGGGAGGAUCUUCAUUUUUAUAGACAAACAAAUUGGGGCUUAGACAGAUGACUUGCCUGAAGUCCCAUGGCUAGUAAAAGGCAGACCAGGUCUCAAAAAUCAGGCAAGUAAGGAACCAGGAUUUGCAUGUAGCAUCAGACUCCAAAAUCUCUAUUCUUUCCAUGACAUUUCCGAACGUGCCUUCCGCAAGAUAAAAAACUAGACGAGAGCUGAAGUAGGCAACAUUCAACUUU